AUGCUUCAAAACAUCAUUAAAAAUGUGUGGGUCCCCUUGAAAUUCUACUAUGCCCAAGUUUACCAGGAGAUCUGGGUCAGAGUGGGCUUGAUGAGCCUCAUUGUUUAUAAAAUCAGGAGUGCUGAUAAAAGAAGGAAACCUCUGAAAGCUCCUGUGCCCGCUCGUGGUCAUCACUAA